GGUCUGGAACUACUAAUGACAAUUCACGAAACACUGAUCGAUAAUUACGGUGGCAUGGAACUGAAAAGAAAAAUACGAGCAAGAACUGAAUCAUUGGAUCUCCAUGGCAACAUCAACAAAACAAUUUUAAAACUCCCUACAGGGAAUCACCACUGAGCUCCCACUUCGCAGUUGUGUUUAGUCCUUACAUCGAGAACAUUUAGCAUUCUCUUUACCAUUACCGGUUGUUGAAGAUAAUUAAUUGAUUAUUCAUAUAGAAAACUGAUUGUAUCGCUUUUCAAUUCUUAAGUGCUUGAAAUGAAAAGAAUGAGAUUUUGGCAAUGGAUGAUAUUUGGCUAUGGAAGAACGAUAGUGUUGUCUGUGAUAUUUUUAAUAAAAAGUGCUAUCAUUCGGGCAGACUCGGAUUUCUUCAACAUCAAUGAAGUUAUAUUUUACACAACGCCAAAUAACUGCCGAAGUGGUGAAUAUUUUGAUACUUUCACAUUCAAGUGUAGAAUAUGCGAUGAAGGAUUACAACUUAAAGUGGCAGAAGACCAUUUAUCAUGCAUCUGUGACGAACGAUCCUUUCCAUGGCGUGAUUACGACAACUUUAAGCAGGCUCCGAUUUGUAGCAAUCUAACGGAGUUCUUCAACAAACCGGGUCCUAGAAUUGAAAUAAUAAAAUUCUGUAAUACUCGCCACGUGAGCCAGUUGAAUACAACCAAAACAGGUGGUAUAAAAAUUCAAGUAUAUCGUAAAACUUAUCCUCCGGGAAAUGAAAGUACUGUUUGCGGUUGCAAUGAACCUAACUCCAUUUCCUACGAAGACCAGCUGCGACCACGAGAAACAGUACCCUACUGCUUACAACAAACUUUGCUAAAGGACGCUCAAACGCAUCCAUUCAGAUUAAACCAUAGUCACAACAGUAACGUGUUUCGAAGCAUUAAGUAUUUAAAUGUGUUUUGUCAUGUGAUGAGAAGCACGCGACACUGCCACUAUUUGGCAAAUCUAUGCGUACUUGCUUUCUACAGUAUGGAUAGAUAUUCACCGUGCAAUGUGUUUUACACGUAUCAAACAUACGAUGUAUCUACGGGCGAUAACCAAAUCCUAGGAACAAUAAGUGACAGCUUAUUAGGGCAGAACGAUGCAUCCAGAAAAGCGGCUAAUCUUUUCACUUUAAGUGAUACCGUUAAGCCUCCUCUGUUCUAUCGCCGAGGAAAAUAUGUCAACGAUGUGCUCGAUAAAUUUCUAGACUUCAGCUAUGAUGUCAACGCUACCAAUUCGGUAAACAACACGCUAAACUUGACUCUCGUUAGCUUCGAUUUAUACGGGCACUUGAAGAAUUUCCGAGUCAUGCGCAUAACCGACUUGAACCUUUGCGAGCGAUACUCUGCCAGUCAGGACCUACGCAUUCUAUUCCCUCGAGGCUAUCACCGCCGCUGUCGAAUCAGUUUCCGCCAACUUCUCCACGAUUUCAGUGAACCGGAAUUCAUAACACUCUACGCCGAUUACUAUGAUCAAAAGAUACACCUACUGAAGUCUAUUCCCGUACUGAUAAGAAAGGCAAUAUUCACCCACAAUGAUAAUUCCGAUCCAGAGAAGUGGCAACUAGUCCGAAGAUUUCUUAUGGUCGAUGCUUUAUCGGGUAUGAACGAUAACUUUAAACCCAAAUUAUACGACGAAAGUACCCCGCAAGAAAAGUACCACUUUGUACGAUACGUAAAACGUGUUGAACUGGAAUGCCGAUUACAUACAGAUCAUGUGAAGAAUCCCAACCGAUUAGCGGUACCUCUGCUGAAACUAGAAUACGGACUGGUGAAUAUUUCUAGAGAUUUGCCAGUUUCUUUCUUCGAAGAGGCUGUGGAUUUUGAAUUUAGUGUGACGUUUAUCAAAAAAUACAGUUUUGAGUCAGUUCUAGAGAUAAUCUUACCAAUUUUCUUCCUUCUGGCUUUGACCAUGACGGUCUUCCAAACAUUCUGCCACAAAUUGCGCCAAAAUAAGUUGUACUACGAUAUGGAAUUGUUCUUUAAUUUUCUUGUAUAUCUGUGCUCCAACGUGGCUACAGCGUUUCUGACGACAACGAUCAUUGUCGCAUUGCACGUAUUUGUAACGUACAAAACACAGAUCAACGUUAAAAUAUUGCUUCCAGUAGAGGUGCAGUAUAGCUUGGAGAUAUUUGUUUAUCUUGCUUGUGGCUUUAAGUUAUUAAAGUUAUUAAAGAUAUUUGUAACAAUUUCUGGUAUAGAUAUAUUUUUCAUUGAUUGGGAGCGGCCUAAGAUCUUCGAUGCUGGUAUAGGAAAUCAGCGAUCACAUAUACUAGAUACUCCUUCCAUUGCGUCAAGUACUACGGCUCGCCAGACAUGUGAUAGUGUUUCAGCUUGGCGCAACUAUUUUAUUGCCAACGAGUGGCAAGAGUUGACAACAAAACGUAAAAUAUCUAUGUUUGCUCACAUUAUUCUUUUAAUUGGUGCAUUUUACAUUUGUGGUCUUCAACACUGGUCUUCUAAAAAUUUCUAUUUACAUUUGCAUAAGCAGGAGGAGUACCUGGGAGAAGAAGAUAAGAUUCUAAAGAUAGCUGUUGGGAUAAUUGUUUACGUUACAAUAUAUUUAGCACAGCGAAUAUACAACUUUCUAAUCUACGAACGAUUCAUUGAAAACGCUAUCCAACAGUUUAUAGAUGUGGCAUCCAUUGCAAACAUUUCCGUAUUUAUUUUAUGUAUGGAAUCUUAUGGUUUCUAUAUCCACGGUCGAUCUCCACAUGGUUUCUCUGAUACGGAUAUGUGUUCCAUGAUACUACAGUUCAAACGAGAAGAAGAUAACCUUUGUGGUAAUCGUGGAUUGCUGCCUGGUUCGGAACAGCAAACUUACUCGAUACUUGUGCCGAAGAAUUUACGAGAUUUCUACGAUAAACUAAUAGCACCACUGAGGAACUCUUCCAACUUCGGACCGCAUCAGCAUCUUAAUCAAACGCACCUGAUAGGUGGCGCCAAAUUGAGUAAUUCAGGUGUCAUCAGUGGCCCUGGUGGACAUUAUGAGUACACUUUCGAGAAGACUAUCCUGACAUAUUAUAAUGUAAAUCGGUUCUUCGCAGCUUUUGUAGAUCACGCUUUGAAAGACUUGGACUACAUCAUUCAGGAGCGAAGUAUUUUGGAAAGCAUCCUCAAUUGUGAAUUUCAGAAUUAUGUUACAGAAAAUAAAGGCGUGUUUUACAUCGAUAACGGACAUUCAUUCGAUCAAGUCCUAUUCUACGGCAACGAGUGGACAUUCUUCCAACUAGAGUUAGCUUUAUUCUUACUAGUUGUACUGUUGAGUAACGACUACCUGCUAGCGAUAAUUGUGGUCGGAAUCGUGUACAAGGCGUUCGAGAUCGUCAUGAACUAUCUACUCAAAAACAAUUUGGCCAAAAAGACCCUCAUCGACAAAAGGUUUCUUAUAUAAAGUAGAUUUUUAUCAUAACAAUAAGGUCUAGCGUAUUAUUAUUGUAAUUGUAGGUUUAGUUUGUGUUUUAAUAAAAUUGAAAAAAAAACUAUCACAAUAGUUCUGUGUAAUUAGUCAUCUUGAUCAUAUAUUUAAAGGUGCCACUUUGAAAGGCUGUCAAUUUUUAGCUUUCAAUAGAUUUUCCUAACUUUUGGUAGUUUUGUAAAGCUAGCUAUGUUCGGCCCCCUAGGUGCAAAAUCGCUUGAAAAAUCUUGGCAAUAAGCGCUACGGUGUACUUUUUCCAGAACACAUACGAUGUAUGUCACUUACGUUGGGGUCAAAUUGACCACAAAUUGAAAUUGUUAAAACAUUUUUUAAUUGUUUGGUCAAUUUUGGACUUUUUGAGCUGUUUCGAAAGAUAAUUUAAUCUUAU